AUGCCCCGCUCCUCCUCGCUACCACCGGCCCAGCUCCGCCGCUCGAACAGCGGCGGCCGCCUCCAGUCCGUCGAAGCCCCGGACCGCACCGUCCUCCUGCGAAGCAGGGGCUACGACGCCACGAAUGGACGGGUUUUGAGCGAGGGGAGUUUUGGUAGUAUAAGAGCCUGCGAGCGGCUGGCUGAUGGGGCCGUGGUAGCCGUGAAACUGAUAGAGCAACCGACCCAUAGAUACGCGACCGAGCGAAGAGUGCUCGAAGUGUCCGCGAAGGGCGACACGCCCUUCGUUUUGUCUCUGCUCGACGCCUUCGAGGCGCCGGGCGUCGCGGCUUUGGUUACUCCCUUGUAUGAUGGUGACGCGCAUGAUUUACUAAGGGCGGUACGGGCGCAAAGACGAACAGAAGUCGACCCUCGCACGUCCUUCGCCCGGGCGUCCGAUAGACUCUCAAGGAACUUCACGGAUGCCUUCGGGUCCUCCAAGGAUGUCGUCGAGGCCAACGGGCUGGACAACGAUACUGCUCUCAAAAUUGUCGCUCAUACGGCAUCGGCCCUAGAUUGGCUCCACGCGCGAAAGGUCGCUCAUCGGGACCUGAAGCCCGAGAACGUGCUUUGUGCUGGAGGUGGUGGUCCGCAGGCGCGCUUUGUCCUCGCGGAUUUCGGUGUUGUGGGUGUCGGCUGCGGGCCGACGACCGGCGCGCGCACGCUGGUCGGCACGCCCGAAUACGCGGCGCCCGAGAUGGCCCAGGCCUUCCUGGCGAACGGCGGCGACGUUAAAGUCUUGCAGGCCUUCGAGAAGAGCUCUCGAAGGGGCCAUGGGUUAGGGUCGUUCUUCCGGCGGCGGUCCAAACAGAUGCGCGGCCAGAAUAAAGCAAUAGGCAAGACGGAGUACGGGCACGCCUGCGACUGGUUCGCGCUCGGGUGUUUGCUGUAUGAGCUUUCUGUGGGGAGUCCGCCGAAGCGAGGCGUGUGGACCGCGUCCAAGCAAGCGAAGGGUCUCGAUGGAGACGUCGCUUCCACGAUCGACUGGUUACGAGCCGAGGACCCUUCCCGAAGGUGCGGCGUGCGAAAUGGGUUGAACGAUGUCCGACGGGCUGGGGCUUCCGUUGCAAAAGCCUUGGAUGCAACUGCAUUACUACAAAAAACCUUCAAGGACAAGCCUAGGUUAUCUCCAACGAAAGAUUUGAAGACCCAACCGUCGCCCGUCAAAAAAACGUCGGGCACGCGCGACUGGGCCCGCCGGCGCGACAUGCUCGCGCCGCCGCCACCCACGCCGUCGCCGCCGCCGGCCCAAGUCGCGGCGAAGAUGGCCGCGGUGCCAGCUCUCGACUCGACGCCGCGCGUGUCGCCGGACACGUCGCCGCGCGUCGCGCAGAGCACGCCGCCGUCGGUGCCCAAACAAACGCCGGCGCGGCCCGCGAAAACGUCGAUAAGGGACAAGGAGCCGCGGACGCCGCCGGUCAAAGGAGCGGGCCUGCGCCUCUUUUCGAAUGAGAGCCCGCCCUCUCCAUGUAUACAGAGACGCCCCUUUUCCGACGGCGACCGCGUUCCAACGGACGCGGCGGACGUCGAGGUCGCCGCGGCGCUGGCGUCCGUCGUCGAGGCGGUGGAGAAGGCCGCGGCGCAGGACCGUUCGCCGCGCGCGACGCUGGCGUCGGCGGCCAAGCGCGAGGCGUCGGCCGCGGCGGUCGACGCCGCGGCCGCGGCGCAGCGCGCGCGCGCCGCCGCCGCCGCCGCCGAGGCGGCCGAACAGCCGGCGCCGCCCUUCGACAUCACGUCCUCGGAGUGGAGCCCCCUGCGGCGGGCCGUGCGGUCGCGCGUGCUCGCGCUCGAGGCGCGGAUGCAUACCCCGCCCGCGACGCCCAAGCCCGCGCGCCGGGCGGCGCCGCCGCCGCGGCGCGGCCCGCUGGUCCUCGUGGGCCUCGUAGGCCUCGGGGGCGCGGCGGCGCUGGCCCUGCUCGCGGACCCGUCGCUCGUCGACCGCCUCCGCGCGGCGCCGCCCGCGGCCGCGCCGCCGCGGCCCGCGCCGCCGCCCGACUUCGUGGCGGACCUCCGGCGGCCGCCCGCGCCGCCGCAGAAGACGUGCCGCUCGGCGAUCAACGCGCCCGCGCCCCGGCCGGCGCCGACGGUCGUCGUCCGCAAGCGCGGCCCGCUCGCGCCGCUCCGCAAGCUGAUCGAUCUGCUCCUGCUGGGGCCGCUGCGGCGGCGGCUGUUUGGUGGGGGAAGGUAA